AACGCAAGCUCUUCAUAGGGAUGCUCAGCAAGAGGUAUAACGAGCAGGAUGUGCGAAUGAUGUUCUCCUCCCACGGCACCAUCGAGGAGUGCACGGUGCUGAGGGACGCCAACGGUCAGAGCAAAGGGUGCGCCUUCGUCACCUUCUCGUCGCGCCAGUGCGCCAUCAACGCCAUCAAGAAGAUGCACCACUCGCAGACGAUGGAGGUGCGUCCCGCGGGAAACGGCUGCUCGUCCCCCCUCGUCGUGAAGUUCGCUGACACACAGAAGGAGAAGGACGCGAAGAGGCUGCAGCAAGUGACACAAAACCUCUGGAAUGUUGCCUCUGCAAACAACAUCGCUGCUCUCGGCCCACAAUACCUCGCUAGAGAGAGAGAGCGCAGGAGAGAGAGCGUUUCCUCAGCUAACAACCUGGUGGCACAAGGGCCUCAGUAUCUGGCUUUGCUCCAGCAGCAGAUGGGUAACUCAGCUGGUUCAGGUGCCACAGCUGGGAGCCUGGCGAGCCAGCUGGGCAGCAUACAGCAGCUUCCUUCCCUCAACAACGUGUCCGUGCAGCAGCUGCUGGCCGCCUCCCAGGGCAACCUGGCCACGCAACAGAUGUUCGAUUCCUCAGGUCUGAGUGGUCUAGGUUCACUGAGCGGCCUCAAUCUGCCAUCUUCAACCAACGGCUCUCAAGACUCCAACAUCCAGAGUUUGUUGGCUUCCAUGAACUCUCAAAAUACAGGGUUGGGUAUGAACGUGCAGAACCUAGCGACUCUGGCGGCUAUGACAGGGGGCAGCACAACGGGACUUCAGGCUCUCACCCAGCCAGUUCUGACGGGGCUGACCUCUUCCUCAAGUGGUUUCCCCAACAACGUGACUGCAGCGGCUGGAUUGAGCGCUUCGUCCUCGUCCAAUCCCGCAGGCAAGCAGGUUGAGGGACCUGAUGGGGCCAACCUCUUCAUAUACCAUCUGCCACAGGAAUUCUCAGACCAGGAGCUCGCCCAAGCGUUCUGGCCAUUUGGGAAGGUCAUCUCGGCCAAGGUCUUCAUAGAUAAACAGACAAACCUUUCCAAGUGCUUUG